UGACAGACUUAAAAACACUGAAAGGAGUUUUCACAUGUCUCCAUCCUAUUGUCUGGCUCUGUUGGUGGCGUUCCUCUCACUUUGCUCCAGCUGCUCUCCAUUGAAGGUUGGUAAGCCAGGCUCAAUGGACAAGAAGGUGGUGCUGAUCACAGGCUGCUCCUCCGGGAUUGGUCUCAGCCUGGCAGUUCGGUUAGCCUCUGACCCCGACAAAAGAUUCAAAGUCUAUGCCACAAUGAGAAACCUGGCCAAGAAGGAACGUCUCUUAGAGUGUGUGAAAGGCCUGCACAAGGACACUUUGGACAUACUCCAAAUGGAUGUGACAGACCGGCAGUCCAUCCUGUAUGCAAGAGACAGGGUUGUGGAGAAACGAGUGGACAUUCUGGUGUGUAACGCUGGCGUGGGUUUGAUGGGGCCACUGGAGGUGCAGUCGUUGGACUCGAUGAGGAGGAUUCUGGAGGUCAACCUCCUGGGUACCAUUCAGACCAUCCAGGCCUUUCUGUCAGAUAUGAAGGCUCAGGGCCAGGGCCGCAUUCUGGUCACUGGCAGCACCGGAGGGCUUCACGGUCUCCCAUUUAAUGAGAUGUACUGUGCCAGCAAAUUUGCAAUAGAGGGAGCAUGUGAGAGUUUGGCUGUCCUCUUGCAACACUUCAACAUCCAUGUGAGUCUCAUUGAGUGUGGUCCAGUCAACACUGACUUCCUGGUCAACUUGCAGAAGGUGGAACUUGAAGAUGCAACUCUCCAACAAGUUGAUGCCCAAACAAUCAGCUUUUAUGAAAAAUACCUGCAGCACUGUAGCUCUGUUUUCCAAAAUGCUGCACAGGACACUGAAGACAUUGUAAAGGUGUUUCUAGAUGCCAUCCAGUCACCCAGCCCUGCAUUCAGAUACUUCACCACCAGCGUUGUGCCACCUCUGACCAAACUGAAGAUGACAGAACCAGAUGGAUCACAGUACAUCAGUGCUAUGAGCAAAAUCAUUUUCUCAGCUGAGGAUCAAUAAUUUUUUUUUUACAUGCCUUGCUUUCAACCAAGCCGGUACUUUAUGUGCAGCCACUGCUCUUUGGUUAAUAUUUAGCUUUCCUCAUUUUGAUUCCCCCCAAAUAAAGUUGUUCCUGUCGCUGUUGUUGCUCAGCUGGAAAGGGCAGUGAGGAUGAAGUUUUGUGAGUGGAGUUCAUGGCAUGCUUCUAUUUAUAAGUGUGACUUAUCAGAAACAACACACUUUAUCACACAGAAAGUGUAAAAAUAGGCUAUUCUUUGGUUUAGUGGUGAAAUAUUUGUUAAGGAUUUAAUUUUAUGUUUUGAGUCAUAGACUACCACAGAUUUUGCAUUCUUCUUGCUUGACAGUGUUCUUACCACACUUGUUUUACAUAUUUUUUUAACUGGUAUUAACGUGCUUCUUCACAGAAUAUUACAGUGAGAACACUGUAAAAAUUACUUAUGUAAUUUUUGAUUUGUUAUCUGUUAUAUGCACAAGGCCAAGUGAAAAUAAUUGCCUAAUAAUAGUGUGCAAGUUUUUUUUUGUAUAGAUGAAAGCUAUUGUAUGCUGUCUUCCUUCUCUGUUGUCUGCUUAUAUGCACGCCUUAAAUUAGUAAUUCUGGAAUAAAUAAAUAAAUAAAUAAAUAAAAGUAUGGAUGAAUAAUUAAAUUAUUUGAAAUCAAGUAAAGUGACGAAUAAUUUUCCUCAUACACAUUUUGUUGA